UAACAGUAAUAGUUCUGUGAAAAUUAUAUAAAAACAUAAUGGACUUGUUUCGACAAAAAGAACGUAAGUAAUUAUACAAUCAUUGUUUUGUCUCUGUUUACAGCUGGAUGAUUUGCAGAAAUAAUAAUGUAAAGUAUCAUUUAAAGGGCGGUUUGAAGGUCUUUCACAAGGAAUCUGGUUCAUGCUGACAGUGUGAAAUGGAUAAUGACUCUGUGUUUCACUUUAACCUCACCAUGUUUAUGCCUAUUGGAUCUUAUCGCUACCCAGCCUUUUUGGCGUGCUUCCUGCUGUUUGUCAUUAUUAUCUCUGCUAAUCUUCUCAUAAUACUGGUAAUAUUACGAGAGAGAACACUUCAUGAGCCCAUGUAUAUAUUCAUUGCAUUUUUAUCUGUCAACUCUCUGUAUGGCUCUAGUGGUUUCUUCCCCAGAUUCCUCAUGGACCUCCUGUCUGACACUCAUUUAAUCUCACGCCCUGCUUGCUUCACUCAGAUCUAUAUCAUUUACACGUAUGGCUCCUAUGAAAUGACCAUCCUCAGUAUUAUGGCAUAUGACAGAUAUGUUGCUGUAUGUGAGCCUUUACACUAUCACAGCAAGGUGACUCCUAACACCGUGGGUAAACUGGUAGCCUUUGCUUUUAUCUAUCCAGCCUUCUCUAUAGCUGCAUGUGUUUAUUUGACUGUAAAGCUUCCCAUGUGUGGAAACAAGAUCCAGAAAGUAGUUUGUACAAUCUGGAAGAUUGCUAAACUUUCAUGUGUUUCCACAGUUAUCAACAAUAUAGUUGGUUUGUUAGUGACUAUUAUUGCAGUAAUUCUUCCCCUGAUAUUUGUCUUGUAUACUUAUUUGAGAAUUAUUAUUGUGUGCAGGAGAAGCUCCUCUGAAUUCAAGAGCAAAGUCUUUGAAACCUGCUUACCACAUACUAUUUCUUUUAUUACUUAUUCUGUUACUGUAUUCUGUGAUGUUGCCUUAAGUCGAUUUGAUGUUGAAAAUCUGACAGAAUUUUUUUCUUUCUUUAUAACAUUAGAGUUAUUUAUAGUUCCUCCACUUUUAAACCCACUCAUAUAUGGUCUGAAAUUACCAGAAAUCAGAAAACAGAUUUUGAGGAUGUUACCUUUUUCAAAACCUUUUGCUUAA